UAUUUGUUUGUAACUCCGGAAGUGACGCAUCGCUGACGAUUAGCGGAUUGUUGACUUCGUGUUGUUGGUCUCGAACUGUCGAAUUACUUUUGAACUGUAAAGGCCGUCAUGUCGUCGGAUUUUGAAACAUACGAGCAGGACUUCGCGACUCUGACGGCAGAAAUAACCAGCAAAAUAGGGAGGAUUCCCAAGCUCGCUGGAGAGGAGAAGACGCAGCUGGUUUUAAAUGUCGACAAAAAGCUUGAGGAAGUCCGGGAGCUGCUGGAGCAGAUGGACCUGGAGGUGCGGGAGAUGCCGGCCCAGAGCAGAGGCAUGUACAACAGCAGGCUGAAGAGCUACAAGCAGGAGAUGGACAAGCUGGAGAAGGACUUUAAAAGGUCACGCAUCGCCUACAGUGACGAGGUUCGCAACGAGCUGCUGGAGGGCGAGGGAGCCUCCUCCGAGAACCAGCUGAUAAAGUUGCGUGAGGAGAGAGCGCAUCUGCUGGACAACACAGAGCGGCUGGAAAGGUCAUCACGCCGGCUGGAGGCGGGCUACCAGAUCGCCGUGGAGACAGAGCAAGUCGGUCAAGAAAUCCUGGCCAACCUUCACUCAGACAGGGAGAAGAUACAGCGGUCCAGGGAUCGGUUGAGAGAGACGGAUGCCAACCUUGGAAAGAGUUCCAGGAUCCUGACAGGAAUGCUGAGAAGGUAAGAAGGGUCAUUCAGAACCGUAUCCUGAUCUUCGUCUUGGGGGCCGUCAUUCUUCUCACCAUUGUUUUGGCUGUGUAUUUCAACUUCAGAGGGCAGUGACUGUCCCCAACCCCCAUCCUCUCCCAUAUGAUUGAUGGAGACAGAAGUAUUGGCGGGACUAAUUAGGACAAAGCGGUCACAUGAAUCAUGUCCCCAUCCCCCCAAGCACAUGUUCGGUCUGGGCUGAAGGUGCAGAGGUCACCAUCCCAGGCCUUUUAUUCCCGGCUGUUCAUCUUAUUGUUCACGUCUUUGCAUGGAAGCUCCCUAUAGCCCUAAUUCAGAAGAAUUACCUCUUUACUAUGGCACAUUGGCUAUCUGUACAUUAUUAUGCUUGUUUGAUGUGGGGGGUGGGGGUGAUUGUGGAAUAUGGGGGUUUACUGUUUUUAUGUGCUAACUCUGUCCUGCUUCACUUUGUUGUGUCUCAGUUUUUGUGAAUUUUGUGAAUUUUCUUACAAUGUUUGCGUGAGGAGAGAGACAGAUAAAGCUUUGGUCCGAGUUUGGGUCCUGCCCUCCCGGGGCCAUGUGCGGCAGCAGAGGGCUGUGUAGGGUCACGUCACCUCUGAAGGUGGGUGCUGGUGGCCCUGAGUGUAGUCUGAAGUGACAGCAAGCGCACAACCCUGCCCUGCACGCUGAGCACGCUGGUGCAUCUGCGGCUGCCUCUGGCCCAGCGAGCAGGACAGCUUGGGGCAGGUUCCCCCACAGAGGCGCCUGGCUGCCCUCACACCACACCAGCCUCGGUUUUGUGUGUUUCUGCUCCCGCACUUCUAUCUUCAGGUGUCACUAAUAAGUCAAAAUGUUGCUUGUCGUUUUGAUGAGUAGGUUGCAGAAAAACUUCAAAUAAAAUGAUUGAAACUAUAAA